CAGAUGUGAGGUGUUCUGAUGACUAUAGGAGUGAGGACAUCCCAACUGGAGGCGUUGGGGAGAAACGUGGAGAGAGUGAGUCACCAGAAGCAAAGGAGAGAGAUCCGGGAAGACGUAUACAAGAGGAACAAAGAAGCAGAAACAUAAUGCAGGAAUCAAGGAUGAGAAGGGACAGAAGCACGACAACAGGAGAAGAAGUAGAAGAAGAGAGUGAGAGUCAGUGGCCUGUGUUAUUCUAACCCACUUCCAACGCUGAAAUGUGGCCACCAUGUGGAACUUCUAAAGAAGUGUGGCCCCUACGUCAGACUAGCCAAUCAGUGGAGCCCGGGGUGGAAGGGGGCGGGGCUGUGAGAAUAAGACACUCAGAGCAAGAGGAAACCAGGGAACAAAUGCAGCCACAUCUCCAACAGGGCUGGACUUACCGCAGACCAAUGGAACGGGCUUCAGAUUCUGCCUUGCUUUUUGAAAAGUGGCGAAGUAGAGAGCAGACGGGUUGCUGAUUGUCGCCGCAGCCAGCAGAACAGUGUGUGGUGUGACGCCAGCAGGCUGGCCGAUAGACGCGCGCUGAGGACGAUGUAGAGAGCACUCCUCAGGAACUACACGGCUGACAGGAACUACAGGAGCAACGGGAACCACAAGACACGACCAACACCCACAGCCUGGACAGAACAACACAACAUUUGUGCUGGAUAAAGGAAAAGGAAUACAACUGAGAGAGAAAGAGAGAGAGAGAGGGAGAGAGAGAGAGAGAGAGAGAGAGAGAGAGAGAGAGAGAGAGAGAGAGAGAGAGAGAGAGAGAGAGAGGGGAAGGACGUGGCAUAUUGGAAAUCAUUGACAAACAUUAUCCUUGUAAGCCCGCAUAUUGUGGGACAGAGGUGGAUUAGGCUCCUCCUCCUCUACUAAAAGAAGGAUCCGACCCGACCCAACCGGUCCAGACCGGACCCAGCAUGUGCCAUGUGAUCGUGACGUGCCGCUCGAUGCUGUGGACCCUGCUGAGCAUCGUGGCCGCCUUCGGCGAGCUCAUCGCCUUCAUGAGCACCGAUUGGCUUGUGGGCUUCCCGCGCACGCCCGAGGUCUUCGGCGCGCACGGGGCGGCGGCCGCGGCCACGGCGGGGGAGGCGUACCGGCCCACGCUGGGCCUGUACGGCCGCUGCAUCAAGCUGCCCCGCCUGCGGCGCGGCGUCCUGUGCGGGCCGUACGCCGUGCACUUUGGGGAGAUGGCCAGCGGGUCCUGGCAGGCCACCGCCAUCUUCCUGGCGGCGGGCAUCCUGCUGCUGUGCGCCGUGGCGGUGGUCUCCGUCUUCACCAUGUGCUUCCAGAGCGUCAUGAAGAAGAGCAUCUUCAACAUCUGUGGCCUGCUGCAGGGCAUCGCAGGUCUGUUCCUGAUCCUGGGGCUGAUGCUGUUCCCCGCGGGCUGGGGCUCGGACAAGGUGCAGCUGUACUGCGGCCACGACGCCGGGCCGUACCGCGCCGGCCUGUGCUCCAUGGGCUGGGCCUUCUACACCGCCAUGGGCGGCACCGUGCUCACCUUCCUGUGCGCCGUAUUCUCCGCGCAGGCCGAGAUCGCAACCUCCAGCGACAAGGUGCAGGAGGAGAUUGAGGAGGGGAAGAGCCUCAUCUGCCUCCUCUAGGGGUGUCCUCCCCUCUGAAGAGGAGAGGCAGAGGCGGAGGAGGGCCUCUGAACACUGGCCCGGGCCGCAGGAAGCAGGCCCUGCUGUUUGUUUACCACUAAAGACUGAAGAGUGUAUUCAUGUGCUGAGUGUUGACGCUUGGGAGAUGCCAAGUUUUCUUGAGUGUGUCGUCUGCGUCUUUUGUGUUUUUCUAUUGUGCGUGUGUGUCUGUGUUUGUGUGUGUGUGUACUUUCUCCUCUUUUCUUUGUUUACCACUAGAGGAGAUGAGGUCUCGUUUUCUUUCCAUAUCAUAGUUCUUCAUGUGGGUGUCCACAAGAGCUGUGUUUUGUAAAUAUGUGUUUGUGUGUGUGUGUCUGUGUGUGUGUAUCUGUGUGUGUGUGUGUCCGUUUGUGUGUGUUUGUGUGUGCGUGCGUGCGUGUGUGUGCAUGUGUAGACUGUACAGAGGAUGAGAGAAUGAUGGUCAGGUUCAUCCAGAGCACUGGGAUGAUAAUGAUGAUGAUGAUGAAGAUGAUAUCAUACCUUGCGUUGGGUUGUGGGUUCCGGUUCCUCCGACCAGGACCACAAGGUUCUGCUGCGUUCCACCAGAGCGCCACAGAGGGCAGGGUGACAACUCAACAAGGGAACCACUACUCAGUUGAAUAUAAAUAAAACAACGUUAAAUAAGGCCUUUAGAAAGCAAGUGGACCGAGUUCCAAGCCUUAGAAGAAUGUAACGUUGUGCUUGAAUGACUUUUGUAUUUGUUAGACCCUUGAAAUGUAUUGAUGGUAUGGACUCGCCAGUGAAGCAUCUGGGGGGCUUCAUGAGAGAGAGGUCUGUGUUAUUAAUGUAGAUAUGGUUUUUCUUUAUGUGUGAAACUUCUGCUUUACAUUUUCGUUUUAACUGAAAACUGAAACGUCUCUCUGGUUCCGUUCUGCUCCUCGUAUGAAUAAUAUAGUGCUCUCUGUGCUUGAAGACACAGGUUACGCUCACACAAAUGAAGUAUUAAGGAGAUUCAAUAGAUGAAUAAAUGAUGGGGUAUAAGGAUUAGUUCCUCUCUACGUGUUUCUAGAAGGGACCUUGUUCUGGGGAAUCUAGCCAUGGAUGAUUAAUCUUGGAUAGAUAACAACCUAUCUAUCCUAAUGUGUUUCUGCCAAAUCAAUAAAGAUACUUUUAAAUGAA